UCAGAUACAUCCGCUCUCAAAAAGAGAGAGAGAGACAGUCGGGCGGAACCCGGUACCGAAGCGCACCUUCCUACAGUACUAAGGGAAGCGCUCAGGGUCAGUACGACGAAGGAAAGAGGAGGAGGAGUAGAGAAAGAGAGAGAGAGAGAGAGAGAGAGAGAGAGAGAGAGAGGGAGGACGGUUUGAAAGCGAACGGCUCGCAGAAGGGGCAGGUGGAAGUCAACGCCGACCCACCUCCGCUUGGCGGUCUAGAACGGACCUCGGUGGAAAACCGGUUUCAUUUUCAUUAGAAACUAUUCAAUAAACAGGAGAAUACACACACACCCACACACACCAAACUACAUGCAUUUCGGUUGUUUUUAGGCAGUCACUAUUUUUUUCGAGAAGAGAAAUGGAAAACUCUCACACUAAAUCCGCGUCCGAAGUUUUGCUUCACUUCGAGGUGAACGAGAACAACGGACUGACCCAGGAACAAGUCCGGACCAAUUGGGAGAAAUAUGGACCGAACGAACUCCCAGCAGAGGAAGGGAAGUCUCUCUGGGAGCUGGUGGUGGAGCAGUUCGAGGAUCUCCUGGUCCGAAUCUUGUUGCUCGCCGCCUGUGUGUCAUUCGUGCUCGCGCUGUUUGAAGAAGGCGAGGAAUCCACCACGGCGUUUGUGGAGCCAAUAGUCAUCCUGCUCAUCCUGGUUGCCAAUGCGGUCAUUGGAGUUUGGCAGGAGCGUAAUGCGGAGAGCGCCAUCGAAGCUCUGAAAGAGUACGAGCCAGAGAUGGGCAAAGUGUACCGCAUGAACCGCAAGGCCGUGCAGAGGAUCAAGGCUCGGGAUAUUGUGCCAGGAGACAUCGUGGAGGUGGCAAUCGGAGACAAGGUGCCUGCUGAUAUCCGAAUCGUCUCUAUAAAGUCUACGACUCUCCGUGUGGACCAGUCCAUCCUCACAGGCGAGUCGGUAUCUGUUAUCAAACACACUGACCCGGUGCCUGAUCCACGAGCAGUUAAUCAAGAUAAGAAGAACAUGUUAUUUUCAGGCACCAACAUUGCAGCAGGUCGAGCCAUCGGAAUAGUGGUCUGCACCGGCGUGUCUACCGAGAUCGGCAAGAUCCGUAACCAGAUGGCGAGCACGGAGCAGGAGAGGACGCCGCUGCAGCAGAAGCUGGACGAGUUUAGCCAGCAGCUCUCCAAAGUCAUCUCGCUCAUCUGCAUCGCGGUUUGGCUCAUCAACAUCGGCCACUUCAGCGACCCCGUGCACGGCGGCUCCUGGUUCCGCGGCGCCAUCUACUACUUCAAGAUCGCCGUGGCCCUGGCCGUCGCCGCCAUCCCCGAGGGUCUUCCUGCAGUCAUCACCACCUGCUUGGCUCUGGGCACCCGCCGCAUGGCCAAAAAGAACGCCAUUGUGCGCUCGCUGCCCUCUGUGGAGACGCUGGGAUGCACCUCGGUCAUCUGCUCUGACAAGACGGGAACCCUUACAACCAAUCAAAUGUCUGUGUGCAGGAUGUUUGUGGUGAAUAAAGCAGAGAGCCAAAGCUGCUCCCUCCAUGAGUUCACCAUCACGGGAUCAACCUAUGCUCCAGAAGGACAAGUGCUGAAAGCUGAUAAACCUGUAAAGUGCGGAGAGUAUGAUGGCCUUGUUGAACUGGCUACAAUCUGCUCCAUGUGUAAUGACUCUUCUCUGGACUACAAUGAGGCCAAAGGAGUCUACGAGAAGGUGGGUGAAGCCACAGAAACAGCGCUCACCACCCUGGUGGAGAAGAUGAACGUCUUCAAGACCGACUUGUCCAACAUCAGCAAAGUGGAGAGGGCAGGAAUCUGUAACGGGGUAAUCAGGAGGCUAAUGAAUAAGGAGUUCACCCUGGAGUUUUCUCGGGACAGGAAGUCUAUGUCCGUGUACUGCACGCCCACUAAAGCCGGCUCCCCGAGCAGGAUGUUUGUUAAGGGAGCUCCGGAGAGCGUGAUUGAGCGUUGCACACAUGUAAGGGUGGGCACUGAGAAGGUGCCGAUGACCGUGCCUGUGAAGGAAGGGCUUAUGGCGACGAUCAGAGAGUGGGGUAGUGGCAAGGACACACUGCGCUGUCUGGCACUAGCCACGCGGGACACACCCAUUCGCAAGGAGCAGAUGGACCUGGAGAACUCUGCCAAGUUCUCAGAGUAUGAGUCGAACCUAACCUUCGUCGGCUGCGUGGGCAUGCUGGACCCACCUAGAAAAGAGGUGAUCGGUUCCAUAAAACUGUGCAGUGAGGCCGGCAUCCGUGUCAUCAUGAUCACGGGAGACAACAAGGGCACGGCGGUGGCCAUCUGCAGGCGCAUCGGGAUCUUUUCGGAAAAUGAGGAAGUGGAGGGCAAGGCGUAUACAGGCCGUGAGUUUGACGACCUCCCCCUCGAGGAACAGCGGGAGGCCGUGAAACGUGCACGCUGCUUCGCUCGAGUCGAGCCCGCGCACAAGUCCAAGAUCGUGGCUUACCUGCAGUCCUUUGAUGAGAUUACAGCCAUGACUGGCGACGGUGUGAACGACGCCCCCGCUCUUAAGAAGGCUGAAAUUGGCAUUGCCAUGGGCUCAGGCACGGCCGUGGCCAAGUCUGCCUCCGAAAUGGUGCUCUCCGACGACAAUUUUUCAACCAUUGUGGCUGCUGUGGAGGAGGGUCGAGCCAUUUACAACAACAUGAAGCAGUUCAUCCGCUACCUUAUCUCCUCGAACGUAGGAGAGGUCGUCUGCAUCUUCCUGACUGCCAUCUUGGGUCUUCCUGAGGCUCUGAUCCCUGUGCAGCUGUUGUGGGUGAAUCUGGUAACAGACGGUCUGCCUGCCACAGCGUUGGGCUUUAACCCCCCUGACCUGGACAUCAUGGUGAAGCCUCCUCGCAACCCUAAAGAGCCACUGAUCUCUGGCUGGCUCUUCUUCAGAUACCUUGCCAUCGGAGGGUACGUGGGAUUGGGAACAGUUAGUGCUGCCACCUGGUGGUAUAUGUAUGAUGAAAACGGCCCACAGGUGUCUUUUCAACAGCUGCGCCACUUCAUGCAGUGUACUGAGGAAAAUCCCAUGUUCGAGGGCAUCAGCUGUGAAGUAUUUGAGUCACGCUAUCCCACCACAAUGGCCCUCUCUGUGCUCGUCACUAUAGAGAUGUUCAAUGCACUGAACAGUCUCUCAGAAAACCAGUCUCUGCUGAGGAUGCCUCCAUGGGUUAAUAUCUGGCUUUUGGGAGCCAUUUUGCUCUCCCUGUCUCUCCAUUUCCUUAUACUGUAUGUGGAGCCGCUACCAUUGAUAUUUCAGGUCACUCCUCUCUGCUGCUCCCAGUGGAUUGUGGUCCUCAAGAUCUCCUUCCCUGUCAUGCUUUUGGAUGAGGCACUCAAGUACUUCUCCCGACACCAUUUAGAAGGUGAAGAGGAGGCGAGAUACAGGAAAAGUCGGCAGCUGAAAUUCUAGGACGGCUCCAGCACACACACACUCGGACUCACGCACAUCCACUCGCUUUUUUCCCUAUUCCCCUUUUAUGAUAUAUCAGGCAGCACACACACACUCCCGUCUGCCUCUCUUCUCUACAUCAUCCUACCUGCAGGCCUGGUCACCACUAAAUCUAUCUGGGCUGAGUGUGUCCGAGUGCGAAUGUGUCCAAGUGUGUGUGUGUGUGUGUGUGUGUGUGUGUGUGUGUGUGUGUGUGUUGUGUAACAGCACAAGCAUGGCCUUCAUAACACAAUAUUGCGUGAUAAAGUUCAUUAGGAACUCUGCUUUAUUUGGCUUCUUGGCUUCCAUGCAGUAGGUUGCAGUAGAUUUUAGUGCAAUAACUGGAGCUAGAACAGUUACAGCAGAAUCAAAAAAAGGUCAGAGUUUAAAGGUCUUGUUGUGUCUUGCGUGUGAAAGUAAGAUUUUUGGAUCACGUUCAAGUCGCAGACGGACUGUUCAUUCCAUCACUGGGCCGUGGGAUGGGCAGGAAGAGAAAAGCCAUCUGUAUAGCUCCAUGUGUCCGAGUGAGUGUGUGCGUGCACGUGUGUGUGUGUGUGUGUGCGUGUAUACAGGGACAGAUGCAAGGCCAGUUUAAUUGCCUAGUCACCUACAGUCUCCCACCAUGUCCAUUUUUUUGUUUAAGGUGCAUUUUCACCAAGGUUAAACUCCCGCCUUACUGAAGCCUCACUGUUUCUUUUUGAUCUGCUAUUAUAGGGUGAAUAUGAACAAUUCGUGCAGCGUUCAAACUAAUUUUUUUGUCAUCGGAUAUUUGCCAGUUUUGUGCCAUUUUGGAUAUAAAAUUAGCCCAAGUGAUUAUGUAUAAAAACGUAUUUAAAGUCUAUUUGCAAUUGACCAAUAAGUAGCAUCCGGGAUGGCAAAGCCCCACCUCAAAAGUCCAAAAAUGACCUAAAUCAUGGCUUCCUGAAAUAGUUUUCUCCAUUGGAGAUGCUCUAAACGUUUCUAGAACCCUGAGAGCAUCCUUGCAUCUGUAAACAUUUUAAGUGGGAAUGCACCUUGCCUCAAAACUGUUCUGCAGCUUUUUAGAUAAAGACUCCCUUCUUUCUGCUUUUCCAGCAUUUUACAGACGAUCGGCUGCAGGAACUCUACAGCCCUCGGCUGGUGAUGUUUACACACGAGCACUUCCGUUUUUUGUGUUUGUUUUUUUUUUUUUAAACUAACCUUGAAAUAUCCUGAUAGACCUAUCACCUGUGUUUUCUCGGGAAACCCGCAGAGGGGUCGUUUAACCGCUUCCCACGGCUCUCCGUUCUGCCCCGACGCGAACAGGUUCCCUAACAGGUUCCUUCUCUCGUUUCACCUUUGAUCCUUUGUUUAAUUUCACAGGAACACUAGUCACCACGAGCUGCUAGCAAACCCAUUUCCAAAGAAAACGAUCGUUUACUUGGAUUCCUGUUUAGCGAGUGAGAGAAAGGAUGUCGAGGUGCCAAGGCGUUUUUCAGAACCCAGCGCAGCUUUGUGCAAAAUAGAAUCUGCAAGAAGCCUCGGCAUGCAUAAACUGAAGCCUUUUACGCUUGGAUACGGAUACACACGUGAUCAGGAGGAGAGGGUGCCUUUUUGCUUUAAAAACGCAUGCGCACACGCGCACACACACACACACACACACACACACACAUAUGCACGCACAAAGAGAGAGAGAGAAAAACACACAAUAUCACAGAGCAAGCUGUCUUAUGAAUGUAUGCUCACUUCCUUUUGGAUGCGAAAUUGCUUUUAUUUGUAUUUUAAUUCUAAAACGGUUUGCUUCGGCUCGUUACCUGUUUUUUUUCUUGUUUUUUUCAAAAUUCAUUUCAUUGCUUAAGAGUCUUUUACCCUUCUGACUGCUUCUCCGGCGUAGCUGUGUGUUAUUAUUUUUUAUUUUUUUAUUAGAACGAAUAUCAGUAAUAAUAAUAAUAAUGUAUUUGACUGAAGAACCCAGGUGGUUUAUUUAGCUUGUCCAUUAUGAUGUUCAAGGUGUAAUGCUCUCAUUAUCUGUUGAUUAUGGGCCAGUGUGUGUGUGCGCGCGCGUGCGUGUGCAGGGAUUUAGCCGAGCAGCUACUUCCAUUGCCUAUGUGCCACUAUGUUGACCUUGAUAAUAUAGAUAUUGGGAGAUGUAAUGUAAUAUCUGUCAAAAUCUUGAUGCACUUCUCAUUGUGACAGAUGUGCUUAUGUGAACCGUAAAGCCUACAGUGUGUCGGCGGUCAUUUCCUAACAGCGUCUUCACGGCAGCAGUCUUUUUUUUAGCUCUGUGUGUAAUAUAACGACGAUCAUUGCGGUUCGCAACUGCCGCGGCAGAAAAACAAGAAUAAUCGGCCAUCAUCUAAGGGGGGGUUUGAUUUGCGUUGUACGUCUGUUCGAUUCGGAAUAAUCGGAUCGUAGAACUCCAACGCACUGACAUAACGGCAAUAAGGCCUCGUUCCCACACUGUGGCUACACAAACCACUGGCAGUCCAAGCAACAGAAACCGUGGGCUUGUGCGGCCUUGAUAAUUACUACUGAUCUCUUUCCAUCUGUACAGGAGAAAAAAAAGAUUGCAUGGAACCUUGUUACUGUAAUUAAUAACCUAUACAGUAUGUAAUAUUUAAGUUGGGUUUUUUGUUUAUUAUUAUUAUUUUUUAGAUAAACUUAACUUACCAGCAGCAACGAAAGAAAGGAAUGAAUUUUUUUUUUCCUUUUCAAGGAUGUGGCAUCAGGGGAUCUUGUCCUGUUUGUUUAUAGCAGAUUUUGCUUAUUAAUAGUUUGCUUUUAAAGGUUGAUGGAGAUCUUUUACUUACUUAUUUUGUGCUUGAAAUGUUGUAAAAUAAAGUUAAGAAUCAUGCUAAUAAUAUUUGAGGAUUAUUUUUUUUUUGAGGGUUUGAAAAUAGAUACAGAUUUUAUUUAAUUUUCCCCCUAAAUCCAUUCAGCUCCUGUUCACUUCACCUUCACUUCAGAAAAAGAAUUGAUUUGUAUUUCAGAUCAAUUGGUACAUCUCAAAUAAGCUCAAGCAGCGCAACCGAGAUACAGAGUUAAAUGUAAAGAACCACUUCAGGAAGAUGUGUGUGGAGAUCAGGAGGCCUGAGCAGGGGCUGAUUUGAGAUUAGAUUCCGGUUUACACAGGCCAAUGUUCAAUGCUGGGUAAUGAAGUUUUUAACGUGUGUAAAUUCUGAAGGGCUCGGGGGGGUGGGUGCAGCGGCUCCAGAGGCCCGGGAUUGUAAUCGUGCAUCCGUGUUUGUGUUUGUCAGAUGGAAUGUAACAUCAUCUAAUUUAUUCAGAUUUUAUUCAUUGGUUGAUUCUGGCUAAUUAUUAACACACCAGAUGUUCUGCUGUAAAUGGUGACAGUUCUGAGCUACUUCUUUGUUUUGGUUUGGUUUUGUUUAGAUUUUCCUUUUGGACCUUCUGAUCUGCUAAAAGCAUCAUAUAGGUGUCUAUGUGCUUACUGAUCAAUUGUCAAGUUUUCCAAGGUAACCUUGUUUUUCUGUGCACAGCUUCUAUUGAGCAGCUUCUGGAGCCUUGUACCCACUACUGAGCAUGGAAAUUUCUGCAUUGCAUUGGUAAUAUUGAUUGUGCAUACAUAAUUUUAUAUAUAUGAAAAAGACAUGGAAAUAAUAAAGAUUAUUUAUCUUGUUA